AUGUUAAAAAGAGGAAAAGUAGAACCGCAAAUAGAGGAAUUCGCCAAAAUAAUGUUGAGACUUGCCGUUGUUGCUAUGUGCGUUACCGCCACACUCGGAUUGGGAUCUGAACUCAGUGAUGCAUGGAAGACAUUCAAACUGCACCAUGGGAAGAUGUAUACAAAGGAGGAAGAAACCAAGAGGCGAAUGAUCUGGGAAAGUAAUAUUGAACUAAUACAACAACACAAUCUAGAGGCGGACAUGGGAAAGCACACGUACUGGUUGGGUAGCAACGAAUUUGCAGAUAUGACCUUUGCUGAAUUUAAGCAAAAGAUGCUUGGCACGUUAAUGUCUAAGAACAGUACAUUUGACAACGAAUUAUUGUACACGCCUGAAUUUAAGGCCGCAAGUGAGGUGGACUGGCGGAAAAGGGGUUAUGUUACACCUGUCAAAAACCAGGGGCAUUGUGGCUCAUGUUGGGCGUUUAGUGUGACAGGAGCUAUCGAAGGACAGCACUUCAGGAAAACCGGGAAACUUGUCUCAUUAUCUGAACAAAAUUUAGUUGAUUGUUCAAAGAAAAAUCACGGAUGCGAUGGUGGGUGGCAAUAUAAAGCAUUCGAUUAUGUCAAGAUAAAUGGUAUCGACACAGAGGAAGCAUACCCUUAUAUUGGCAAGGAUAGCACCUGUAAGUUUGAUAAAUCUGCUGUCGGAGCAACAAUUCGAGAUUAUAAAUCUUUUUCUGGCGAACAAAAUUUGAUGACAGCGGUCGCAGCAAUUGGUCCAAUCUCUUGUGCAGUUGAUGUCACGAAAAAGUUCCAGUUCUACAAGAAUGGUAUUUUUGUUGACUACACGUGUAGUGCAUCUUCACCUAACCAUGCCAUAUUGGUUGUUGGAUAUGGCACGGAUGCCUCCUUGUAUGAUCCCAGUGACUAUUGGAUUGUGAAAAAUAGUUGGGGGAACAGUUGGGGAGAAGGAGGUUAUAUCAGGAUGAAGAGAAACUAUAGAAAUAUGUGUGGUAUUGCCUCGAACCCCUACUAUCCAGUGGUCUAGCAAUAUGUGGACGCCAUUUAUAUCAUCUGUCGUAUAGCUUACAUUUAUGACAAUUAACUAAAUUGACUCUUGCGUUUGUGUGUAUGGUCUUGCCUUAGUAUGUGCUUCUAAUGCUCUGAAUAAAUUGUUUUUAGUCAGGCAGAUCAUUUAAUAAAAGUAAACAGUAAUUAUUACAUCUCGUGUAUAUCUCAAGACCACCCAUCACAAAAAGUGAGAUAUUUGUAGUGAACCAAAUAAUUCUGUAAUACUUUUUUAUGAAAUUAUAAAUACACAAGAAAAACAAAAUAUAAUGUAAAGUCUGUAUAUUUUCACUAAUGCACUGAUUUCCAUCAACCAUUAUCCCGAUUUUAAAG